UUUUGUAUUAGCUUGUGUUAGGCUGUGACUCAUUUGCAAUGAAUGUGUUUUUGAUUUCCUCCAUAUACUAAUUAAUGCUUUUUACCUUGAGUGGUAGAUGGGUGUUCUUCCCACGUUUCCAGCUGGUGGUCUGCAUGAAAGAUCUCUCUUACAUUACAAAAGUUACUGCGGCUGCACCAAGGCACUUCUUCCAUUAACGACUACACACUGUGGUUCAGAACGCUGGCGGCGACUAGCGGGUGGAAUGAGACGGCUCUACUUAGCUUUUACCGGCAAGGAUUUAAUCCCCGUGUACAAGCUCAAAUGGCUAUCUAUGAUGAUUCCGUUGGACUGGAAAGCUUCAUGCAAAAAGCCAACCGAAUUUCCCAGCGUUUGUCCGCAUGCCACGCCACCGAAGCCGCCCACCAAUCUGUCAUGCCCGGCAUGGGUUCCCCAGUACCAGAGCCGAUGCAUGUUGACACCUCCCGGCUCACCCCUUCUGAAUGUGCUGGCCGUCUCGCGGCAGGGCUGUGCCUUUACUGCGCUGCGGUGGAUCAUUACAUCAGGACCUGCCCAGUCAGACCCCCACGUCCUGCGUCCCUGCCCUCGUCGACUCGGGCUCCUCGGGCAAUUUCAUAUCCCAGGACCUAUUGAAUCAUCUCCAUCUGCCCCGGAAACGUCAUGCCCAGGAGCUCCGAGUCGAGACCAUCCAGGGAAAACCGCUAGGACGGGGUCACCGACACUAAAGCUCAAGAUUGGCACUCUACACGAGGAGGAAAUCACGUUUUUGGUACUGGAGGGAUCCACCGUGGAUAUCAUCCUGGGACGCCCCUGGCUAGUUCUCCAUUCUCCAGAGAUCAGAUGGGACUCGUGUGAGGUGACUUGCUGGAGCGAGCACUGUCACCGCAACUGCCUCACGUCAUUACCACUCCGCUCCCAGGAUCUCACUCAGCUCAAGUUGCAUCUACCCUUGUCGAAAGCCCUGAACCUUGGGAGAAGGUCACGGUCCCAUCUGAUUACUUGGUGUUCCAGGAUAACAGCCUUCAGCACGGCCCCCAUCCUUCACCAUCCUGAUCCGGACAUUGCGUUCGUAGUGGAAGUGGACGCCUCCACCACCGGCGUUGAGGCCGUGCUGUCCCAACAUUACAGUGAGCCUCCUCGCCUCCAGCCUUGCGCAUACUAUUCUAAGAAACUGACCCCAGCAGAGCAGAAUUACGACAUCAGCAACUGGGAGUUGUUGGCUAUCAAACUCGCCCUGGAGGAGUGGCGGCACUGCCCAUUCAAUGGAACAUUGACGAGGACAUUCGAGCCGACACUCUUACCGAACCUGCUCCGCUGGGAGGCCCAGAAGGGAAAACGUAUGUGCCCACUUCCCAACGACAAUCCCUUCUGGGCUCAGUUCACAAUGUACCGGGCUCUGGACAACCAGGCAGCCAACGGACCCUCUCGCUCCUCCAAGCUCAGUACUGGUGGCCCAGUAUGA